AUGUCCACGCUGGUCGAAACAAAUAUCAAUGCCGCCUUGCUGGCCGUCUUCCUGAUGAGUCGCUAUGAAGACUCGACCUGCGGUGAGGGAGGAUUCCUGUCGAAUACCAUGUUCAACAGCUACUUGCAUCAUGACGGUGCAACUGCGAUUUUGAAAGUCUGGAGACACCGCCGUCCGAGAGAGAAGCAGCUGGCAACUUCUACUGUCAAAUAUUCUCGGCAGGGCUUAAUUCGAUCAGCUCUUCUACGGUACCUUGCAGUGCCAGAAUGGCUCGAAGACGGCUGCCUUUUUGGCGAGCAUGGGCGAGACCUUGAAUACGACCGCAUCUUGGUGCAGAUUGCAAAUCUUCGCCACCGGCUCAUGACCCUUCAACAGGAUAGCUUCCAGCUAGACGCACUCAGUCCGGAGCUACUCCAGACAGCCCAGAAACUGCGCAGUGAAGCAGAGAGCCUGGACAAUGCAUUGCAAGACUGGGCACUUCAGAUACCAAGUUCCUGGUACCCUCGCCGGCAUCUCAUACAUCCGGUAUCGUCUCUACCUACUCGACACUUCUUCUCGCCAGAGGUCUACAGUUAUUCUAGUAUCGCCUAUGCUACCCUGUGGCUGAACUACUCUGCUACGAGGUUGCUGCUCAAUCGAGCAUGGUUGAAGAUCCUCAAGCUCACCCAGCCAUGGUCAGCCGAGUCUGUCUGCAGUCAGCAAGUAGAGGAGUGUCAGUUACGCAUGAUGGCCACGGCCGAUGACCUAGCCUCAAGUAUACCAUUUGUUCUUGAAAGAUUCAAGGUCACCGGUGAGGGUGAACAUGAAUCGAUCGUCACACUCAACACAGAUGCCGAGAUCAACCCGUACGUAGCAAGUCUGACUGCCUGGCCUCUCAGCAUCGCUUCAUGUAUUGGAAGCUUGGAUAUAGAGCGGAAGCAGUGGUUUGGGAGCCAGUUGGCAUUGAUGGGGAGGAUUCUGGGAUCCGGGGUUCUGGAAUGUGUAGGCACUGCAGACCUGCUUGACCUCUGA